CUCCAAACCCCUUACCCACCCUCAAACAGAGGAAAGGAUCUGAUUAUCCCCCACAUGGCCCCGACAUAAGUGUCACUGGGUGAAGACCAGUUCUCCCAUUGCAACUGACAUUUUGGAUGGGUUCUACGGUCUGCCUGCCACAGGACUUUGAGAAAUUUCCUGCACUCUGAGAGAUAAAGCCUCACAGAGACAACACAAGCUGCAAGGGUGACAUUCUCAGUAUAUGGCAAACAUUUUCAGUGUGGCUCAGCUUCACAGAAAAGCUUCACAGAAACAAGACAUUGUCAAGCUGCAAGGGUGACAUUCUCAGUGUACAAUGGAUUUGAAGACGUGCAUUCUCUUGCUCUGGACAUUUCCGUUAACGUUGGGGUUCCUGUUUGACGACGAUAAGCCUGCAGUUCCGCCCACACAGAGCACGGGACCGCAGCCCACCUGUAAGAUCCGGUGCACCGGUACGGAGGGCGGGGUGAGCCUGCCUAUCGUGGGGGAGAAGGGUGACCCAGGCCCAGCUGGAGAACCCGGGUCGCCUGGGGUCCCGGGUACACCCGGGCAGCCGGGUCCACCUGGGUUAACCGGGCAGAAGGGGUCAGCAGGGGGCCCCAGGGGGUUUCCUGGCCCUGUCGGCGCACCCGGAGUGAUUGGCCCGCCUGGCACAAGUGGCCCUCAAGGACCUCCUGGCCCGCCUGGCCCUCCGGGGCCAUCGUUACCAGCUGGCCCACGAGAGCCGUACGGAAGUCCGUAUUUUGACCAACCCGCCGGACCCGCCCGACCAGGCCCCCCUGGCCCACAAGGACCCCCCGGCCCCCCAGGAUUACCUGGUCUCUGCAAGGAAUGCACCUCCGUUACAACCGGUCGCUUCAAUCCCAGCGCUGCAGGUCCGGGACUACCCGGGCCACCUGGCCAACCCGGAGUCCCCGGCCCACCCGGUAUGCUGGGUGCUCCCGGCGUCCCGGGCGCAAAAGGAGACAAAGGAGCCCGCGGCGACCCAGGUCCCCCGGGCACACCCGGGUACACCCAGCCUGGCUCGCAGUCUGGCUACAGCAGCUACCCCGGGCCACCAGGACCCCCGGGUCAACCCGGGUCGCCGGGAACCCCAGGCCCGAUCGGCGCUCCCGGCAGCCCCGGUCCCAUCGGCGGCCCGGGCAUUCCCGGCAGCAAAGGCGAACAGGGGUGGAUCGGCCCAACCGGGUUACCCGGGCAGAUUGGGCCGCAGGGUCCCGCUGGCCCGCCGGGGCCGCCUGGACCUGGCCUCAGCGAGGAGGACAUCAAGCGGAUAUUCCCGCAGCGACGACGACCUGAGGUGACCCCAAAACCGGAUACUGUGCCAGUGGUGUUCUCAGCGGUGCACACUGGGAGCGGGCCCAGCGGACAGGAUAGGAUCAUCUUCGACAAAGUGCUUAUAAACACAGGAACAGAAAAACCUCGACCAAGAGGUCACCGGGGAACAGGAGGUUUUGAUGGCCACAGCUUCACGUCAGAGAAGCCCGGCAUCUACUUCUUCACGUUCCACGUUCUGUGCGAGCACCCGGAGAACCAGUACGAACCGGUCCAGCUGGUCAGAAACGGCGUCACCAUCGUGUCCCUGCAGCAGGGCAUGAACAUGUCUGGCCACGCCAUGACCAGCAACUCCCUGUACCUGCAGCUCAACCCCCGGGAUCGCGUCUGGCUCCGCGUCAAGGAGAAUGUCAAGAUACGGCCCAAUGCUACCUUCUCCGGAAUGCUCAUCCACACGCUACAAUAGUUAGGCAGAUAGAGCUAAGAGCA